GGGUAAAAUCCAGGAAUUUUCUGCAGCCAUGGAAGGAAAGCAGGCAGGGUGGGGGGAUGGGGCUGCUUGGGGAUUGCUGUUCCCACCGCACCAGCCGGGGGAUGUGGUGCCGCCCUACCGGCACUGCCGGGGCUGUGGCACCCGGGUCCUGGGGUCACCAGUGUGUUAGUGGUGUCUGUCACCCCGUCAGCGUGGCUGUGCGGGCAGGGCCGGGCUCUGGGCAGCCCCUGCCUUGAGCAGGGCAUGGAGGGGGCCCUGCCUGUCUCCAGCUCCCCACCCCUCCCCAGCAUCGUCCCAGCCCCAGCAUUUGGGGGGUGCCUCAUCCUCAUCCCUGUCCUUGGGUGGGGGGAGAGCAGGAUGUAGGUCAGGGGGUGCUGGUGUAUGGCUGCAGCUGUGCCCCACGGACACGGCAGCCCCUGGCCGAGCUCUGGGUGGGCGCUGGGGCGCUGUGGGUCCGGGGUGCUGCCCCCCCGAGCCGUGGGGCUGUGGCGGCAGCGCCGGCACACGAUUUUCAGGGGUGAAGGAUGCUCUCAGCUGUUGCCUGGGCAACGGCUCCUCCUCCAGCCCACCAUGUGGCUCGGGGAGUGCUCCCCCGCCUGCCUCCCCCCGCCGCCGUGGGGAAGGGGAAGGCAGCUCCCGGCCCCCGGCGCUGGCGGGGCCGGAGGCCUGGCCCCCCCCCGCCCGCCAUCGCCCUGGCCUGACGAUGCCUGAGGGCCCCGCCGUGCCCCCCGCCUCUGCGUUACCCACGCCCCGAGGGAGCACCCGAGCCCCCCUGCAUGGCCGCAGCCCCCUGCCCGCCGAGGGUGCUGCUCGGGCACCCCCACAACCGUCGAGCCGGCUCUGCCGGGCGGCCGCGGCCACGCUCUGAGGUCCGAUCGCAGGAGGCGAGUUUCGACAAGGGCCCUCUCCCCAGAGGCCCCCUCCCAGCGAUGGGCAGCGGGACCCCGCCGGCCCCGUCCCCCCGCCGCCCACCCCGCCGGCCCCCUGCCCCGCCGCCUGCCCAGCGCACCCAGGCCUGACCCACCCGCUCCAGCCCCCCCCGGCUCCAUGGCGAGGAUGGACCCCUGACGGCGGGCGCCCGCGGGCCGGAGGAGACGCCGCCGGGCACAGCCCGGGGAGAUGCCCUCGGUAGCCCUGACAGCAUCGGGUCCUGCCCUGGCCCUGCCGCCGCCCUGAGCAUCCCGUCCCCCACCCCGAGGGCAGGGAGAGGCCGUGGCCUCCCCCCGGGGCCGGCAGCCAAGAUGGUGAUGUCCCAGGGCACCUACACCUUCCUCACCUGCUUCGCGGGCUUCUGGCUCAUCUGGGGCCUCAUCGUGCUGCUGUGCUGCUUCUGCAGCUACCUACGGCGGCGGGUGAAGCGGCAGCAGGAGGAGCGGCUGCGGGAGCAGAGCUUGCGCGCGCUGGAGCUGGAGCCGCUGCACUACGAGGGUUAUGGGGGCAGCCCCCCCGGCAUCGCCAUUCCCCACCGCCUGCGCCUCGAGCCCCACCAUCACCACCCCCACCACAUCCCUCCCCCCCGGCCCUGGAGCUGCCGGCACGGGGUCCGGGGGGGGCUUUGCCUUGCAGAGUCAGACCUGUCAAAGCCGCCGUGUUACGAGGAAGCGCUGCUGAUGGCGGAGCCCCCCCCGCCAUACAGUGAGGUGCUGAUGGACACGCGGGGGCUCUACCGCAAAAUCAACGCCCCAUUCCUGAGCCACGAGCGGCUGGAGAAGCAGGAGCAGCCCCCCAGCUACAAACCCCUUUUCCUGGACGCCGGCUACGGCUCCGCACUGCACCUGCCCCGCUCGGCCAGCCCCGGCCCUGCCUGCCCGGACCUCUACCUGCAGUCAGAGUGCUCCCCUCGCAUGUUUCCCAGCUGGACGGACUCUGAGCUCAGCAGCAGGGACACCUACGAGCCGGGACCCUGGCACCUCCCGGUCUCCAUGCCCCUCUUCGGCAGGACUACCGCUGUCUAACGGCGGCACCGGGGGACCCCCGGACCUUGCCGCGGGUGCCCCUCCGGCACUGGAGGAGGAGGGGGGGGGGAAUUUGGUUUUGGUUGCCCCCGUCACCCCGGGGACACCCGCCCUGGCGCGGGCCAUCACCGCCGGCGCGGAAGGGGCUGGUUCCCCAUCUGGCCCCCGCUGGCCCCCCCCUGGCCGGGGGCUCUGGGGACCCGGACUCUGCUCUGUUUCUUAAUUUUUUUGUUUGUUACAGUUUGAGAAUAAAAGUUUGUGGCUCGG